UAUGUUUAACUGUAAUAGCACAAUUAUAAGAGUGUCUGAAGUCAAUUAACGAAAAUAUAAUGUAAUUUUCAUAAUUAUACAAAUACGUAUUUUUAACUUAACUCUGAAAUUAUUUAUUAUAAUUAAUAUUUUAUUAAUCUAGGGCUAGAUAAUUUAUUCAUAAUUUUAUUUUAGGUUGCCUAAAGAUUUAUCAAAUUUCCAAAAGUUCAUGUUUUUUAGUUGAGGUUAUGUUAUUAUUUUUAAUUUAAAUACGUGAAACGUCACCGGGGUUGUGUUUUUACAGUUCUUCAAAAAAUGCUCUACUCUUAUCAAAUUUAUGUGGAAUUUCUAUAAACAGAUUUUGCCAGUAAUUAUUGUAUUAUUAGUAUCAUUUUUAUAUAAGUUUACAGAAAAUAAUUUUGAAUACAAUAUGUCUGAAGAAAAACAUUUAGAUAACAAAAGCAAAUACUCAAUUCUCUUACCUACAUAUAAUGAAGUGAAAAAUCUUCCCAUCAUCAUUUAUCUUAUAGUAAAAUAUAUGAGUAGAGGGAACUAUGAUUAUGAGAUCAUAGUUAUAGAUGAUGGUAGUCCAGAUGGUACAUUAGAAGCAGCAAAACAACUCCAGGGAAUUUAUGGUAAAGACAAAAUUGUGCUAAGGCCACGAGAAAAAAAAUUAGGUUUAGGAACAGCCUACAUACAUGGAAUUAAACAUGCUACUGGCAAUUUUAUUAUCAUUAUGGAUGCUGAUCUAAGUCAUCACCCCAAGUUUAUUCCCAAAUUUAUAGAAAAACAACAAUCAGGAUAUUAUGAUGUAGUAUCUGGUACCCGUUAUGUAGGAAAUGGAGGUGUAUACGGCUGGGAUUUCAAAAGAAAACUAGUUUCACGUGGGGCAAACUUUUUAACUCAACUUUUACUUCGACCCGGGGCCUCAGAUCUCACAGGAUCUUUCAGACUCUACAAAAAAGAUGUACUAGAAAAGCUCAUUAAAAGUUGUGUUUCUAAGGGUUAUGUAUUUCAAAUGGAGAUGAUAAUUAGAGCGAGACAGUUGAAUUAUACCAUUGGGGAAGUACCAAUCACUUUUGUUGAUAGAGUUUAUGGAGAAUCAAAAUUGGGAGGAUCUGAAAUAAUUCAGUUUGCUAGAGCUUUGUUUUAUCUCUUUGCUACAACAUAAAUGAUUGAAAAUUAUUUCAAAUAUAGUUUAAGUUGAAUUGUCUCUUUAAUAUCUGUAUCAAUAUUUUCUUGUCAAAUCAUUUGAAUGUUUUGAAUAAAUAUUUUUUAUGAUAGUA